CAGCCUUUGAACUCUUUACUGUCUACUUUGUCGUGGAUGAACGACAGCCACGCUGCUGUAAGAAAGAUUAUUGCUCUGAACAUUAAGAUGUGGCUGAUUCACAAUGAAUCUUCCUGAGCCUUUGGAAACUCCCAUGUCUGUUGACCUCAGAAGAAAGCUACUCUUUUCUGUGAGUCAGAACUUGAUCUCAAGCAGGAGUUGUGGACUCAUCCCACCACACCUAGUAGUUCCCAUCGAUCCAUGGAACAUAAAAGCCCCAGACUUCACCCCAAAACUGUACAGAUCUUCGGGUUUGCCACAUAUCAAGAGCAAAAAUAUUCACCUGGUUAAAUCAAACAAUAGUGUAGAAGGAAAAUCUUUUAUUUGGGAAAAGAUUAAUGAUGUUACUCCUUCAAUAUUGCCUGGACUUGAGCAAAAGGGAUGUAAAGCACAACCAUUUAUCAAAUUUUACAAACCACCAGACUCACUAGAGUCGAAACUGCUGUUUGUGAGAGCGGGGAUGUAUCCAGUGGGGCCGUACAAAGAUCCAAAACCUCAUAACUUCAGACCUUGUGCUGAGGGAAUGCCGGAAAUGGUGUCUUCUUUAGAAAAGGAUCCUGGGUGCUUGAUCCUAAAGUCUCAGUGCCUAAGAGCAGUCAAUGACAGCCUUCCUGACCUGAACCCUUCUCACAGCAACACAGUGAGCCAAAUAGACACUUUCAAACCAGCAGAGCUUAAAUGGGACCCCAGACUCAUACUACCAAAGAUGCCAUGGCCUCCAAAAUCUGCAUCUUAUACAAGACAUCGCCGCAGAAGAGGAGUAUAUAGUGCCUUAAUGGACCGAGUUGAAGAAAAGCUAACCAACUCCUGGAAGAAUUGAAUCUGUUUUAAGACAAAAGAAAGAAUUUUGUGUUGUGGUGUGCAGAUAAAGCUAGUUUAAAC